ACAUGUGCGUUAAUGGUGGUUAAUAGUUAACCGCGAAUUCCUGCUAUGAGUUGAUAUCAAAGCCAAUUAAAGUUAAUGAAGUUGUUUUUUUCAAAUAAGUUAAACACUUAUAUACCUUAGUAACGGCAUUACAAAAUAAUAAGUGUUUUACAAGACUCUUUGUUGAGCGUUGUGUACAAUUCCGAAAAUAAACGAAACAUUAGAUAUAAUGCCGUUGGCAACUCUAACGGCUCCUUGGACCGAGCACCGCGUAAAUGAGAAGCAAAGUACAGAUAUUCUUCCGGCCGAAAAUCAGGAAGAAACAAUGAUUACUCAAGGAAAUUUAAUUGAAAGAUCAAAUGGCUGUUCAGAGUCCCAUGAGAUUGAAGUACGUGAUAUGGUACGGGAAGGUUACGAGAAAGCUGAACCUUCUCACUUUGAACUAUUGAAAGUCCUCGGCCAAGGUUCCUUUGGCAAGGUAUUUUUAGUAAGAAAAGUUAUUGGAAAAGAUAGUGGUACACUAUAUGCUAUGAAAGUCUUAAAAAAGGCAACAUUGAAAGUUCGUGACAGAGUUAGAACCAAAAUGGAGAGGAACAUAUUAGUUGAUGUGGAACAUCCAUUUAUCGUCCGAUUGCAUUAUGCAUUUCAAACAGAAGGGAAACUCUAUUUAAUUCUAGAUUUUUUAAGAGGAGGCGAUCUCUUUUCCAGAUUAUCCAAAGAGGUAAUGUUUACUGAAGAUGAUGUUAAGUUUUAUUUGGCUGAACUGGCACUUGCUCUGGAUCAUAUACAUAAACUCGGAAUUAUUUAUCGAGAUCUUAAACCUGAAAAUAUUUUGUUGGACACAGAAGGCCAUAUAUCUUUGACAGACUUUGGCUUAAGCAAACAACCUUUGGAUGAUUCAAAAGCAUAUUCGUUUUGUGGCACUGUUGAAUAUAUGGCACCAGAAAUUGUUAACAGAAAAGGACAUACUUUUACAUCAGAUUGGUGGAGUUUUGGUGUCUUAAUGUUUGAAAUGCUGACAGGUGCUCUUCCAUUCCAAGGUGCAAACCGUAAAGAAACAAUGACGCAAAUCUUGAAAGCUAAACUCGGAAUGCCACAUAAUCUUUCACCAGAAGCACAAGCACUUUUGAGGGUAUUAUUUAAGAGAAAUCCAGCAAAUCGCCUUGGUGCUGGUGGAGUGGAAGAAAUUAAGGGUCAUAUGUUCUUUGCUACUAUCGAUUGGGAUGCUCUUUAUAAGAAAGAAAUAAGACCGCCAUUUAAACCAGCUGUUAGGGAAGACGAUGCGUUUUACUUCGAUAGUGAAUUCACCUGUAAAACACCUAAAGAUUCUCCAGGAGUACCACCUAGCGCAACUGCUCACGAAUUAUUUCGCGGAUUCAGUUUUGUUGCGCCUUGUUUGCUUACGGAUGCGGAUCACGCUAAAUUAUUGGAAAACAGAAACUACGACAGUAUCAGCGCUAAUUUUCCAUCUUACGUUAAUUCCGUUUCUAUUACUGACGAAUAUGAAUUCAAACACGAGAUUGGCAAAGGAAGCUACAGCGUGGUUUAUUUAGCUGUCCAUAUAGCAUCCAAGAUGGAAUAUGCUGUAAAGGUGAUUGAAAAAUCGAAACGAGAUCCGACGGAAGAAAUAGAAAUUUUAUUACGAUAUGGCAGACAUCCUCAUAUUGUAACAUUAAGAGCUGUUCACGAAGAUGACAAACGAGUAUACCUUGUGUUGGAACUUUUGCGCGGUGGUGAACUUCUCGAUCGUUUGCUACAGAGACGAAACUUUACCGAACGGGAAGCUGCCGAAGUCAUUCAUACCAUUACAAAUGUGGUGCAUUAUCUUCACGAAAACGGAGUUGUUCAUAGAGAUUUGAAGCCAUCGAAUAUUUUAUAUGCAAAGCCUGGUGGUGAUCCAACGACACUUUGUAUAUGCGAUCUUGGCUUUGCGAAACAAUUACGAGCGGAAAACGGUUUGUUAAUGACGCCUUGUUAUACCGCAAACUUUGUAGCGCCCGAAGUGCUGAAACGCCAAGGAUAUGAUGCAGCGUGCGACAUUUGGUCACUCGGAGUUUUAUUGUACAUUAUGUUAGCUGGAUACACGCCUUUUCGUAAUAGUCCAGGAGACAGCGCGAGCGAUAUAUUAGACCGGAUUGGCCCGGGAUAUAUAGAUGUGGAAAGCGGGAUAUGGUGCCAUAUUUCGAGUGAAGCUAAAGAAUUAGUUAAGAGGAUGCUGCAUGUAGAUCCCAAUCGAAGGCCGACGGCAGCUGUUAUUUUAAAAUAUCCAUGGAUUGUAAAUCGACACCGUAUACCUCAAAAAGUUUUACCAGAUGUUAUUAAGGAUCCACAUAGUUUGAAAAUGGCAGUCGCAGCGACGUAUAGAGCAAUGGCGAGUAGUCCGAGAUCACCGCAUAUUGGUCCUGUGGUUAUGUCGGAAUUAGCACGUCGUAGAACACAAGGCAAAACUGGUGGUCCCACUCCAGUUUAAACUUAAUCUCUUGUAUAACUGUAUAUGACAGAUUCAACUUUUAAAUUAAAGAUUUACUCAAGAUGGAGAUAUGGAGGCAUAAAUAUGGAGAACAAAGUUGUUUAAAGUACAAGCGAUUUAAAAAAUAUUGGGAAUAUAUAAUUUAAAUUGUUGAUAUUGUGAUGAAUAGCUUUCAAUAUCGUCAAUGGAGAGUAUGCGGAAGGAUGUUAAUGACAGAAAACCGAAUGUGAUAUCUAUUUAUAAUUUUCCAUAUAUUGUGUUUAAUAUAUACUUAUAUAUAUACACCUAUAUUUGUCACAUGUUGCCAUGAUUCGGGAAAGUGCAAACGAUUAUGACAGUUGUCAGAAAAUAUGUACUUUCUUAUAAUUCUAUAAUUUUUGAAUCUUUUUUUAUUUACCAAUAUUAAAUAUAGCAAGAAGAGAUGAUAAUCAUGUUGAAGUAAUAAUCAAUUACAAUUUCUCAAAUACUCUAUAAAUACAUAACAAUAUAAAAGUAUUUUGAUGUAUUAUGUGUGAAAUUUUAUCUGUGCAAUGUAGUUUGGUCAAAUCAAUUUUUUUUAACUAUAUGUAUACCAAAUAAGUGUCUUAUAUAUUUCCGCCUAGGCUUGUGACUUGUAAUUUUAAAAAGUUUCUGAGAAUCCCAGUGUUUUUAUGGGCACGAGUUCGAAAAGAAGUGUGAUUGCGAAAUUGCGAAAAAUGAGAUAAAAUUAUUAAUCAUUGUUUAAUUGUAAUA